AUGACCUACCAAUUACUCGCCCCCGCUGGUAACUUCAGAGCUAACAUGCUCCUCACCAUCGCUGAAUUAGUCGGUGUUAAGCUCGAACUCGUUCACACUGAAUACGCUGCCACCAAGACCCCCGAAUUCAAGCAAAAGAACCCCUUAGGUAAGGUUCCCGUCCUUAUUACCCCCGAAGGUCCCGUCUACGAAUCUAAUGCCAUCGCUAGACACCUCGCCAGAACUGCUGGUAAGCUCUACGGUGCUAACCAACACGAAGCUGCUUUGGUUGACUAAUACUUAGAUAUGGCCGUUACUGAAUUAUUACCCUCUUUGACCACCACCCUUUACGCUAUUUUCGGUUUCAAGCCUGCUGACAAGGAAGUCCUCAAGGCUGCUAAAUAAGAAACCUUCAGCGUCUUGAGAAUCUUAAACGAAAGACUCACCCACCACAAGUACUUAGCUGGUGAAAACCUCACUAUUGCUGAUAUCCAACUCGCUACUUUCUUAAACCUCGCUUUCAGAGUUACCAUCUCUGGCGAACAAAAGAAGCCUAUUGCUAAGGUUGUUGAAUACUUCGUUAGAGUUGCUCAACUCCCCGAAUUCACCAAGUAUCACGGAAGACCCCACUUCGCCACCUCUGAAUUCUAAACUGUUGCUGCCCCCGCUGCUGAAGCUAAGGACAACAAGAAGAAGGAAGCUGCCAAGGCUAAGGAAGCCCCCAAGCCCAAGGAAGCUCCCAAGAAGAAGGAAGAAAAGGUUGAAGAAGAAGAAAAGGAAGAACAACCCGCUAGCGGCUGGAACUUGUAUGACUACAAGACCCUCUACGUCAACGCCAAGAACAAAGAAGAAGCCAUCUAAAACUUAGUUGAAAACUUCGACGCCAAGACCAUGUGCAUCUACCACUUACACUACCAAAAGUACACUGGUGAUGGUCAAGUCCUCUAUCUCUUCAACAACAUGAAGAACAAUUUCCUCUAAAGAUGUGACCCCGCUAGAAAGGUCGCUUUCGGUACCUACUCUAUCUACGGUGAAGAACCCAACCUCGAAAUCUCUGGUGUCUGGUUGUUCAUGGGUGCCACCAUUCCUCCUCAAAUGAACGAAAAUCCUUCUUUCGAAUAUCACGACCUCAAGCAAUUAGAUAUCACCAAGGCUGAAGACUUACAAAUCCUCAGAAACUACUGGACCAACACCGAAGAAGACACCUCCGUUGUUGAUGGUCUUAGACUCAGAUCUUUCGGUUCUUUCAAGUGA